GGUGUGUGUGUGUGUGUGGGUUGUGUUUGUGUGUGUGGCGUGUGCUUGUGUGCGUGUGCGUGCGUGCGUGUGUGCGUCUGUGUGUGUGUGCGUGUGUGUGCGUGUGUGCGGGUGUGAUGCACCCUUCUGGCAGGAUCUCCCGCGCGCUGCGCAGAGCCCCACCCACCCCCCCUGCGUGCCCCGCUGCAGCCAAAAAGGCUCGGGGCGCCCUGCCAAGGCCGCGGGCCCAGCGCGCCGCCGACGGGGGCCGCGGAUGGAGGCGAUCGGCCGCGUGCUGUCGGAGUGGGACGCCCUGUGCCGAGGCCUCGCUGCCGGCGGCGGCGCCCGCGCGGUGCUGCCGGCCCCGUGUGCGGACCAGGUCCUCGGCCUGGCGGCCGCGCGGGCCCAGGCCUCCCCCGCGCCGCGGGAGGCGCGGCUCGACGCGCUGGCGCUGGCGCGCGGGGCCCACGGCGGCCGCGAGCCGCCACCCCUGCUGCGCAUGCUCCGGGCGGACGGCCGCCAGCCGGUGCACUUCCUGCGCUUCUGGCAGGCCAUGGAGGAGCUCGCCCGGCGCCUCGGGUCGGGGGCGGGGCGCGCGCCGCCCCAGGAGCCCCUGGCGGAGGAGGCCUCGGGGCUGCGGGACGCGGUGCUGAGGAGGGCGGAGAGCCCGGGGGGCCUGACCAAGGGGUGGCUGGGGGCGGAGGUGGCCGCUGAGCGGCAGGGCUCCGCGGACGAGGCCGCCUGGGCGGUCCUGGCGAGGGCGGCGGAGGAGGUCCACGGCGGGCGGAAGGCGCCGGUGCCGCUCGAGGUGGCGUCCGCGCUCGUCAUGACGUGGCUGCGGGAGGUGGUGGAGGACUACUGCGGCGGCGACCGCGCCGCCAAGAUCCGCGCCGUGCGCGACGUUGCCGGCUGCGGCAUACGAGACGCUUGCCUGCACCUGGGCUGCAGGGGCUGGGACUUGGAGGGAGCCCUGGUCAGCGUGCUCGGCCCCUGCCACUGCGCAGGCGCCCUCGGGCGCGGCUGGAGCUCCCAGGGCGCGAAGCUGCGCCGCAGCGAGGUGGAGUGCCCGAUCUGCGCCGAGGAGUACGGGCCCCGGGCGAAGGCCGCGGUGACCCCGUGCUGCUUCCAGGUGCUGUGCGCGGGCUGCCACGGCCGGCUGACGCGCCUGGGCGACUUCCAGUGCCCCUUCUGCCGCACGCACGCCUGCCACCCAGAUCGGGGCGCCGCCAGCCGCCGCGGCCCCCUCGGCCGCGGACCGCUGGGCGGCCUGCUGGCCGCCGCCGGCUCGGCGGCCCACGUGGCGGGCCAGGCUGUGGGCGUCGCGGGCGUGCUGCUGGAGGGGCUGUCCUCGGCCCUGCGCGACGCCGCCGCGGAGGGCUCCGAGCGGGAGCGCGGGCCGCUGCGCCGGGAGCCGGGCGGCUGACGAGGGUCCGGCGGGGGCGCCUUCGGGCCAGCACGGUCACAGGGCUCGGUGUUCCUUAGUUGUUCCGUAGUUGUUUUACAGGCUACCGUAGGUUUUUCCUUUCGAUGGGGUGUCGAAACUUAACUUGUUGGAAAAAGGGGCCUCGUUCCUUAUUUGGAGUUCAUUGGGUCAACGCCCCGACGGUAGUUGCCUCCGACCCCCCCUCGCUCGCCGCUGAGCCAGGGCGUCCGAUGUGCCGAUGGCAGCUGGCGCCACCGCUGCCCUGGCCGCGA